AUGAUUCCCUUGGCGGGGUGCGAGACAGCAUCUCCCAAGGUGUCUUCGACAGUGGAAGUGUGGUUCGAGUUCAUGAUGGAACGUCAUUUCCCAUCAAGCUCGCACCUACGGAAAUCUCUAGUCUCCCCUAGGCAGACCUUCCACAUACGAAGGGAAAUCUCCACCUUGCACGAGCAAGGUGUGACGGUUACGUACCUCCUCCGCUACCCCGACUGCUUCGACGCCGACCCGGAAAUGCAGCCCUACAUCCAGAGCGGCAAGGCCCGUCUCGUCAAGGGCGACACCCUCCAGCCCGACACUCUCGAGGCCGCCUGGGCGUCUGCCCUCGUCGCCGGAAACGGUAAUGUUGACGUCGUUCUCUUCACCGUCGGCGGAAAGCCGAGCUUCACCAACCUCCUCCUCGUCCUCCUCAGGGGCAUAGUCAUGACUCCGCCAGACCUCGUCACCCGUUCCAUCACCAACGUCAUCCGCACCCUCCCCCCGUCCCUCCGCACGCCCGAGUCCCAGCCGCGUUUCGUCGUCAUCACCUCUUACGGGAUGAACCGCGAAGAGCACUCUGCGCUCCCGCUCCCCAUGAAGCCCUUCUACAGCAUCCUCCUGCCCGCACCGCACCGUGACAAGCUCGGGGUCGAGCGCAUGCUCUCGCACUGCAUGGGCACGCCUUGGAACCCGGAGGACGUCGUCAUCGACGAGGUGCUGGCGCCCGGAUGGGAGAGUACGGAGGGACUGCCCGGAGUUGGGGAGCUGAAGAAGGUGGUGAUCGUCCGCCCGGCGUUCUUCACGGACGGCAAGUGCGUGGCUGACGAAGGCAAGGGCGAGGAGGCGCCGUACCGGACGAGCACGAGUGGACUGCUGAAGGGAAUGUACACCGUGUCGCGGAAGGAUGUCGCGCAUUUGAUCGUGGACGUGGUCAUCCCGCAGUGGGAGAGCUAUCAGGGCAAGGCGGUCGCGAUCGGGUACUAA